CUAUCAUCAAACCAAACCAAACCCAGUUUCUUAUCUCUUUCCCUCACGCGAAGCAUCCAAAACGCUCACUCCUCAUUUGACCGCCAAUCCCCUCCUCCGCCUCCCUCCCCUAUAUUAUCUCAACAACCUUCUCUCUCUCCUUCAAACCCCAUCUCUUUCGCAUCUUCAUAUCUAUUUUCUUCGUUUUCGUCUGCGUGCAAUUCAUCGUAGCUCCAUCUUCAAUCGAUCCCUCGAUCGAUCCAUCAAUCAUGGAGUUUCGUACUCUGGAGUUACGGAUCAUGUCCGCCAAGGAUCUCAAGAAGGUCACCCUUUUCUCCCGGAUGAAGGCGUACGCCUCCGUAUCCAUCUUCGACCGCGGCGCGCAUCCGAUUCGCACCUUCCGGACUCCGGUCGAUCGGGACGGUGGUUCCAAUCCUGCCUGGAAUUUCCCCGUCAAGUUCACCGUCGACGAGGCCGCCGCGCGUCAGGACCGUCUCAGGCUCGUAUUCCAGAUCCGAUGCGAGGGCGUUCUCGGAUACAAGAAUGUCGGAGAGGUUUCCGUCUCGGUCCUGGAACUCCUUGAUUCUCCGGCGUCUGCGGCGGGUAAACAGGUCGUCAGUUAUCAGGUGAUCAGGCCGUCGGGGAAGGUUAAAGGCCAACUCACGUUCUCCUACCAGUUCGGGGAGAAGGUUAGCCGCGCAACAACCCCGCAUAAGGCGGAUGAACCAGUAACGGCUUACCCGGCGGCUUUCCCACCUACCGCGGGACCAAGCUCGGCAUAUGCUCCCGGUGUGACGCAGCCUCCGCCUAAUUGGCCGCCGGCAAGCGGAGCCUAUCCGCCGCCGGCAGCAGCAUAUCCUCCGCCUGCAUACGGAUACCCGCCUCCACCUGCAUACGGAUACCCGCCUCCACCUGCAUACGGCGCCUAUUAUCCUCAACCCCAGCCGGGAUAUGGAUUCCCGCCGGUUCAACAGCCGGCAAAGAAGAACAAAUUCGGGCUCGGAUUGGGAGCAGGGUUACUGGGCGGUGCCCUCGGAGGAAUGUUGAUCGGCGAUAUGGUAUCGGACGCCGCUGCUUAUGAUGCUGGUUACGAUAACGGUUUUGAUGCUGGUGACGAUUUCGGCGGAUUUGAUUUUUGAUUUAUUAUUCCGUGCUCUGUCAAUCACUGCGUAUGUUCAAUGUUGUUCUGUUUUGAAAUCAAUACAAAUGCUCUGUUAAUAUAUUUUUUUUCUUUAC